AUGGCGCAGCCAGGGUCCAAGUUCAUCUUCCUGCCACCAGGCCCCAUGCACUUUGGCUGGACAAGGUCUACGUGCGUCCAGUUGGGCGAAGAUCCGAAGCCUGGAGACCUGAUUGAGAUUUUCCGCGUUGGCUACCAGCACUGGGCCAUCUACGUGGGAGACGGCUACGUGGUCCACCUGGCGCCUCCGAGCGAGUACCCCGGCGCCGGCUCCUCCAGUCUCUUCUCGGUGCUGAGCAACCGGGCGGUGGUGAAGCGGGAGCUGCUGAAGGAGGUGGUGGGUGACUGCCGCUACCGGGUCAACAACUACCUAGACCACAAGUAUCCGCCGCUCCCCGUGUACCAGAUCAUCAGCGUGGCCAAGGAGAAGGUCGGGGAGGAGAUGUCGUAUUCCGUGUACUCAAAAAACUGUGAGCACUUUGUCACGAAUCUGCGCUAUGGCAAGUGUCACUCUGGGCAGGUGGAGACUGUGGAGACCGCGGCUUACGUGACAAUGGGACUUGGAGUUCUGGGUGCCCUUGGCUACUCCGUCAUGAGAAAACGCCCUCAGAACCAGUGAUGCCCACAGGCACCACGGAGGCGGGGCUGAGGCUUGACCCAAACCCUGGGCAGCCGCAGUCGUGCCAGUCCUCUGUCUCAUUGACUGGCGGUGGGACUCCUGGGUCUGCAGAGGAAGAAAUAGAAAUGUCUCCACUUCUCCCUGGGAAGGACUUCCUCUCUGCCUCGGAGUUCCCUCUGAACUGGAAACGAAGAGCUCAUUGAUUCCGGCUCUGGAGCUCCAAACCACAUUUUCUGACUUUCUGUUUCAGGGAGUUGUUUAUGUUUUCUUUUUGGGGUCUCCCACCCAGUGAUGCUGAGGGAUUAUUCCUUGCGGUAAUUCAUAAGGGAUGACAGGGAUUGGGGGAUCAUAUGGGAAAUGGGGGAUUGAACCUGGGUUGGCCACGUGCAAAGCAAACACCUUGCCGGACUAUCACUCUGGUCUGGAGAUACUUUCUAAGAGCUCAUGUCUGACUCUUCCCAGUGCAGGGGGCAGGGGGAUCCUCUGAGUGGUAAUGUCACAGUGACUCAAUCCAAUGGCAUUAAGGGGUCACCCUACAUUAUUCUAGGUGCAUGUGGCCUUGCUCACUUGUGGGAAAUCGACCCCUAACAACAACAACAGUAAAACCAGAACAUCCUCUGGGUUUAGUUAGUUUAGACGUGAGAUCAACAAAUGUGUGCCCAGGAAAGAAUAGAAUAGGAAAAUAUCAUGA